AUGGGAGAUGACCCGUACGAUGCUUUUUAUAUGCCUGAUCAACUAAAGCCUAAGAUUCUUCCAGAUCCUGCUGCAGACAGGCUUCGCGCCUUGGAAAAGAAGAUCAAAGCUACAGAGGGGAAUAAUAUCUUCGGUUCCGUUGCCAUGAACAUGCGUCUGAUGUCAAAUUUGGUCAUACCAACUAAAUUUAAAACUCCUGAUUUUGAGAAAUACAAAGGCCAAACUUGGCCAAGAAGUCAUCUGGUAAUGUACUUCAGAAAAAUGGAUGCCCAUAUCAAAAACGACAAGCUGCAUAUUCACUAUUUCCAAGACAGUUUAAGUGGAGCAUCUCUAAGAUGGUACAUGAGCUUAGAGAAAGGGCGGAUCCAAAGUUGGGAACACUUGGCUGAUGCAUUUCUCCAGUUGGCUGCUCAGGUAGAGCCACCAUUAUCGGAAAAAGAAAUGACUGGAAUAUUUGUAGACACGCUAAAAGACCCUUUCUUUGAUAGAUUGGUAAGCAGUGCGACAUCGGACUUUGCGCAUUUGGUGACAAUUGGAGAUCGCAUAGAGAAAGGCUUAAGGGAUGGAAAGAUCCAAGGAGUUGUGGCAACCCCUAGUGCAUCGAAAAAUUAUUCUAGAGGCUUCCAGAAGAAAAGAGAGGGUGAUGCAAAGGCUAUAUCUAGGGGUUACAAGGGGAAGCAACAAGCUUCAUAUGGCUAA